UGAGCCAAGUACAUGUGAUGCGACAAUAAACGUUAAAAUUAAGAUAAUGUCUAAGUGUACAGAGAUUACUUCAUGAAUAUCCCCCAUAUUUUUAAAGAAAUAUUAAGUGUAAAGAAACUAUCAUUACAUUAUCAACUAAAAACAACAACAAAAAACAAUAGUAGUAGUAGGCCCGUUUUCACGGAUGUAUAAAAUUGAAGUAUUCAAAAUAAAGAUAUUUUAAAGAAUGAAGAGUGAGAUAGAUAUUUCUCAGAAUGAAGAUUUGUUCAGACCACCUGAAGGAGAAACUGGGUGGGAUAGACUAAGAAUGAUGUUUAUGAAGGAUAUGUUUGGAAACUCCAGUCCAGAAAUGAAAAUGAUCACUAGUGGAGUAGGUAUGUCUUUAUUCAUCGGUGCUUGUAUUGGAGGAACAAUAUCAUCUAGGAAUGCAGUAGAAACUUUCAUUCGACAAAACCAGGCAACACAGUUCAACACACAGCUAGAAGCUAAGCGGAGGUUGCAAGAUCGGUUAAUGUUAGACAUGUGUAGAGGAGCUUGGAAAUGGGGAUGGAGAAUGGCAUUGUUUACUGGGUCAUAUAUGCUAUUCAUAACUUCAGUUGGUGUGUAUAGAAACAAAACAUCUGUCUGGGAACAUAUUGCAGCUGGAGUAACAUGUGGAACUUUAUGGAAAGCCAAGAUGGGCUUAAGAGCUAUGGCUGUUGGUGGUCUCUGUGGUGGAAGUUUGGGAUUAUUUGCAGGUUGCCUGUCUGUUGGUGUUAUGUGGAUCAGUGGUGUAUCAUUAGCAGAAAUUCGAUAUUGGCAACACAACUACUGGUGUGAACAAUACAAGAAACGAGCAGCUAUUGUCAAGGAAAAAGAAACAAGCAAACAUUUGCUUUUGAAAGGUCAUGAAGAAAGGUUAGCCCAGGAGACUCAAGAGCAGAAAUCAUAGAUUUAUGCCAAUUUGUACAGUAGAAAUGUUUUACAAGCUGUUAUCUUAUGUUUCACACUUUAGCUGUAGAAAAAUAUAAAUGAAUAAAAGUAGUGCAAGGUUAAAUCAAGUUAUUUAGAGGAUUUCUUACAUUGCACAGAGAUACAUAUACUCCUGCAUUUUUGUUUACUUAUGAAUGUGGAUAUAUUUUACAAUGUAUCUUGGUGCAGUUUUUAGUUAAUCAUCAUAAGAGUUGGUUGUUAUCAAGCUUUCCAGCAAGAUCUAAUAUUUUUUUCUUUUUUUGUGAAACUUACCUAGUGACAUAAAAGCUACAUAUAGUGAUAUCUGUGAUUAACCUAGCUUGGUUUAUGAGAGUUGAAAUAGCUCAAAACUGUAGUUCCAUAGUAUGGGUUUUAUUACAUAAGAGUUAUUGUGUUUUCAUGUUAUAUUUAAUACUAACAUUAGGUGGAAAAAUCCUCAGCAUCAACCAACUGAAAGAUCUUGUUAAUUUUUUUUUGCCACGAGAGAAUAAAUGAGUGUUUAGGCAUAAAUUAGGCCAACAGAUUUUGCAUGUAGCCAUUUGUGAACUUAAAAAGCCAGAAGUACUUAAACAUAUAGAACUCUAGACUAACAAAAACACUUAUAACCCUUUACAAACAAAGGAUUUAUAAGUGUCUUUGUUACUCUCUUUUAUUUAUGUUUAAACUCUAAACUAAACUAUGGUGGUGGCCAUUCCCCAAGUUAAAUACAGUUUAAGAUUUUCCAAAGUUGCUUUUAUACACACUCUCUCUUCAUUGUCAUCCACAUAAUCACAGUCUUGAUUCAAAUGCAAGUAGGUGUUUGAAGAAUUACCAAAGUUUGAGAUGUUAUACGCUGUUCGAAGCAACACGUUAUUGAACCCACAAAUCUCGUCUGUAACAAGAAUAAAUGUAUUGAUAAACGAUGAGAACAUAAACAUUGAUUUAAAAAAAAAAGAGUUCACUUGUUCUUUUUCUUUAUAAAUGACAAAGAUGUCACCAACAUACCUAUGAUAUUUAACAGGUUUACAACUCUCAGGACAUUGUUUUUGAUAAUAACAUAAAAACAAGGUACCUAAACCAGGAGCUCAUUUUGAGCACAUAGCAUUGCCAUCUGUUUGAUUAUAAGCACAAUUAUUAAACUAAAAAUGAGUUUUUCUAAUGUCAAAAUUCAAUAAAAACUGAUUUUUU